GUCUUCACUCCCAUCAUGGCCGGUUUGUUCAAUGUGAUCAUCACUGAGGACAGUUUCAAAGUGAUGGAUUCAUCUCUCCAUUUCCAAGUUGUCCCAGGUCCUGUCUAUGCAUCCGUCUUCCCUGUCUCAUGGCUUGGGCUUGUGCAUGAGUUUGCGGCAGGAACGAAAGCUGCCCUUUUGGUCCUUCCAAAGGAUGCAUUUGGGAAUAAUAUAUCCUCAGUGGACGUGCCACUAGACUCGUACAAUUUCACGAUAUUUUCACUCUAUGCAAAUAAUUCAGUCGCAAGCACACCAAACAUCACUUCCUUGAGUUGGAAUGAAUUCGGGUACAUCAUCAUCGAGUUUACAGUUUCGAUGGCCGGAAAUUUCUCUCUACAGGUUUUAGGGCAAGGACAAAACCUCAAUGGCUCUCCACUUCCCUUCCAAGUGAAUCCAGGACCUCUAGAUAUUUCCAGCUGUCUAGCUAAGUGGAUGUCUGACACAACUGCUUGGCAAAUAUUUUCAAAGGUGGAAAUCUUCAUAUACCAGCUAGAUCAGAGCGGAAACCUCGUUUCGGGACUAUAUGUAUUCGAUGUUGAUGUGGCAGAAAAUGGCACAAAUAUGUCCAUUCCUAUAGUGGAUUUGCACUUUGAAGAAGUGGCACCGGGAAUACAGUUAUUUUCCUUCAGCGCUGUAGAAGUAGGCAACUUCUGGCUCAGGAUAUUCGACGCAAAGCAUGGCAAAAGCAUAGCGAACAUGCCAUAUGCUUUUACUAUCUUCACAGGCUAUUGCGACGCAUCAAAAAGCGUCGUAAAUGGUUCUGGUUUAAACAGUUCCAUGGCGGGAGGGAUUGAGGAAUUUUCAGUCUACUUGAAUGACCUUUUCCAGUACCCAUCUCCAGUUGAAGUCAACAUGGUCCGAGUGCAAAUCGUAAGGGAAAUCGACUCUUACACAAUAUGGCCACACAUAUACCCUGUGCAGUUGAUCAAUGGAAGUGCAGCGAGUCAGGUACCGAGGUUCGGUGCUAUGAGCCAGACAGUAGCCGCUCCAGGGCCUGCUGUUGACCUGACUAACCAUUCUGGCGGGAGCAUGAAUUUGCGUGCCAGUGCUUUCAAUGUGAUUUAUACACCUGAGAAGAGUGGGAUCUACGGUGUUUAUGUCUACUGUGGAAAUGUAUUACUGAAUAAUGGUCAUCCAAUCAAAAAGGAAGUGAAAGCAGGUGAAGUUAACAUGUCAGUUUCUGGAGUUGUGAAAUAUGAUGCUAAGGUUCCGAAGCUGAUUAAAAACGAAGUUGUAGUGAGGCUGAUGGACUCAUUCUACAACCCCAUAAUCUCACAACAUUCAAGGUUGAAAUUGGAGAUUGUUUCGACAAACAGUUCCGGAUCUUCAAGUUGGGUUUUUACAGACAAUGGCGACGGGUCAUAUACCGUUUACUACAUUGCACCAGACAUUGGGACUUAUGAGAUGAGUGCGGCAAUUGAUGGAAACCGCUUUGCAUCAUCUCCCCAGAGGAUCAAUGUGUACGGCAGCGAGUAUUUUCCAAAAGCUUAUGAAGAUGCAGUAUAUGUAUGGGAGGACGAGUCCAUUGCUAUUGAUGUCCUAGCAAAUGAUUACUUCGCAGCAAACAACGCAAGUAUCAUUGACUUUUCUCAGCCAGGUCAUGGUUCACUACUUCAGUAUGGGCGGCUUCUUAGAUACACUCCUUACAAAGAUUACUAUGGGAAUGACACAUUCCUUUACACAAUAUCUGAUGUUAAUGGCAAUAAUGCAACCGCUUCUGUAAGCAUAGUAGUGCUUAAAAUUCCGCCCCAGUUUGUGUCCUUUCCAACUCAACUGCAAGCCAUUGAAGAUACGACCUGCCCCAAAUUCGGAGGUUAUUCUGGUCUGAGGAUAGCAUAUGCAGACUUUGCAGAGAACAUAUCUGUCAGUCUUAGUGCACAGUUUGGGACUGUUUCUUUAUCUCCCAUGCUGAUGGAAUUCUGGCAGGGAGGAAUUUUUGUGAGUAGAGACAGUGGAGAAGCAAAGGAACUAAUUUUACAGGGACGUGUUGAAGCAGUGAAUUCAGCUCUAGAGUCAUUCCAGUAUCUCGGAAAUCAGAACUUCAGUGGUGAGGAUACAAUCCGGGCCUCGGCUAGAAAUGGAAAUGGAAAGAACGACUUGGAUAUAUCAAUGGUCGUCAAACCUAUUAAUGAUCCUCCAUUCUUUCGAGUCCCUGAAUUUGUCAUUCUGAAGUUCAAUGGUGACGAAGCUUUGAUCUUUGAUAGGGAAAGAGACAAUUUUGACUUCUUUGCUGGUGAUCCGGACCUUCUUCACUUUUCAGGUGGUGGGUCUCUUUUCCUAGUUGAAUUUUCAGUGGAAGUAAGUGAUGGCUUCUUGGUGACCAGCCUACCAGCAGAGCUCAUCAACUCAACCGAGCUGAAGCUGAGGAUCACUUAUCAGUGGCAACCUCUUCAGACUUAUGUCACAAUCUCGAAAUAUUUUAAGGUCAAAGCUGCUGGAAUCAGGUUCCGAGGAAGAGUCGAGGAUUGCAACAAUGUAAUGCAGCAACUGUUUUAUCAUGGUAGAGGAAAUGGUGCCGUGUUGACCUUGUCGCUAAACGAUUUGGGAAACUAUGGUUGCUAUCCAGAUUGUGUGGAAAUGUCAUCAUUGCCCCUGUACACCGAAGCAUCAGUCAAUCUGAUCGGAAGAAAUCUGAUGAGUCCACUGCUAGCUCACUCACUUGGAUCAGCUAUCGUCAUUGAAUUCAUUCUUAUGUCCUAUAUCGGAGUUGCGCUUUUAUAUUUCACAUGCAAAUGCGCAAUCCUUCUGGUGAAUGAAAGGAGACGCAGUGAACUCAGGAAUCCAAGUCGAACAGAUGUGCAUGAUGUCCAAAAUCAAGAUUCAAGUUCACAUUCUUCAGAAAAUGCAAAUCACUUCUCUGGACAUCGCUCAAGCAGUUUGUUGCUCAGUGGGCAGCAUUCUACUUUUCGACAGCGGUUGGGCCGUAAUUCCCGCCGUGACGCAUCCACCAGAGAUGCACACUUCUCACAAUCGGCAAGCAACCACUCUCCUGGAACUCCACAGCGCAGCAUCAUUCCACUUUCAAUUGGAAAGGGAUACAAAGAUGCGGUUUGAAUUUCCAAUUUUCGCAAUUGGACAGCCUUUGGAGUUCAGCAUUAUGUAAAGGUGAUCAAAGCUGAUUCAAUACCUGCUCCUGAAUUCACAUCUUCCAUCAUGUCUCUUAUGAGUUACAAACCAGUAGAGAACGCAAGCGCUUGGACCUUGACAGUACUUAUUCCUUCUUUUGAUUUGGCACAUGCACUUAGACGCACACAAUGUGCUUCCUUUGCAGUGAUUCCAUUUUGUACUACUCAAAAUGAUCAAAUACCCAUGCAUAUCCUCAUCAAUGGAAU